UUAAUCAUAAUCCUUGCUCUGACUGCAGAAAACACAGACAUUACCAACAGAUACUGUGGAACCACAAUAUCUGUAGUUCUCUCAAAAUAAUGUUGGGGUGUUGGUUUUUGCUGUUAAACUAGGUCUGCCAUGUUUGAGUCUUAGUGCCUAUUUUUAAAUUAACGUUUCCAUUGCUCUCCCCAGAAUAUCUUGAUCAAUAAUAUUUUCCUUUAUUCCAAAGUUCUGUUAGAAUAAUUUUUAUUACUUUGAAUAAAAAAUCACAUUUGGGUGUCAGACAGUCCUGCAUGCUAACGUGAACUCCCACACAGACUGCUACGUGCCUUUCCUUUUCAUGACCUUUCAGAAGACUUCAGUGAAGAGGUUUGCUGACAUGUACCAGAGAUGUGAAGAUUAAUCAAUGUUUUGAAUUUAAGAUGGUAAACUUGUAAGAAGAUGUUAUAAAUAUGCUUAGGCAAUUGAGAAAUCAUGAAAAUUAUUUUUUCUCAGAUUCUGUGGUGGUUAAUGCUUUGUCUGCAAUACUAGAACUGUUAGUUUUCUGAAAUAUCAGACAGGUCACUAGUUACACUACAUACAAUAUCUAUAAUACAAGUUGCAUUUUUUUCAGUUUGUAUCCCAGUUCAGCCUUACAGCUGGGAAGGUGGCAACAUCUGCUACUAUAGUGAUGACAGUGAGACAAGCAUCACCUCUAACUUGACAUGGCCAGGGUAUUAAUUUCCUUGCUAACAGCCAGUGUCUUCAUUACUCUUGCAGUAAAAUAAAUUUACAGGAAAUACUGUAUUUGAAUGGCAAGCUUGAGUCGUGCAUAUGCCCUCAUAUAUCCAUAGAAAAGAGCAGGGAUUUAACCACUAGAAAAAUGUUUGCAAUGUUUCCUCUUUGUUCAUUUUCUCUGCUGUUGAUGUUUGUAUGUUUUCUUAAGAGGAAAAAUUUUCCAGUGUGCUCUCAUCCUUUCUGAACAAAGUGUGCCAGUCUUAGUUUACAGAAUUUAUUCUGAAACUUUCAAACUUACUAUUUUAUAAAUACUGUAAUGGCACUCCAAGGAAGAGUGUUAAUGGUGGAGUGGGAGUUCUCUUUUGUCUCUUGUCAUCUCUUUGGAAAAAAUGGGAUUAUAUAAAAGCUCCUGAAAAUCAAAAUAUGUAUCUUUAAAAGGAGGUCGAAAGCCUUCUUUUUAACAGUGGCUGUCACCUAGGAUUCAGAACAAUGAAAGGCCAGGCUUCAGCCGUGGAUCACAGAGUGUGCAAUCAAAUAAAAUGCUGUGAAACAGAGCAUGAGAUGGUACAGACUAAAUACGGAAGGCUGAUCAUUUACGGAAUGGGCACAGUGACUCCGAGAAAGUGACUCUGUCUUCCUCAAAACGUGUAGGUGCCGGCUAAAGCAUUUAUUAUGUAUGAGUUGCUGAGCGUGUAUGUGAAGGGCGGGAGAGGACGGUGGUGUGAGUUACCUGACGGCUGCUGUGCCCGGGGGAGCGCUCUGUGUGGGAGCUCCCCUUCGCUGUGCUGGAGGAACGCGCCCGCGGCGGGCUGAGGCCCUCCCCGUGCCCAUGGACCUCGGCGGCAGAGCGUGGCCCCGCUCUCGGCGGCAGAGCGUGGCCCCGCUCUCGGCGGCAGAGCGUGGCCCCGCUGCCCGCUCGGACGCGGCCGGCCCCUGCCCCGCUCUGACGUGAGGGCGCGGCCGGGAUCGCAUCCGGCCCCGCCACCAUCCCACAGGCGCUGGCACGGCCCGCGCCCACGCAGGCUUCCUGCCAAGGCAGCCACAGCGCCAGCGGCCGCAGUGCGGCCCCGGGCCGGAGCUGGGAGCGCGGAGGGCUGAAGGUUUGCUUUCCUGCAGUGAGCUCCUGAAAGUCUCCUGACAGUGAGGUCAAGGUGCCUUUUUCAGCUCAUCUUUCCAGAUGUUAAGUUUUCCCUGACUCUUCGGUUUCUCGUAGUUGAAGAAAGUAUGUUUAUUUUUUUUUCUGCAGCUAUGUUAUUGAUACUCCUUCAUUUGUUUAAUGGCUUUAAAGAGAGUGGUAGUAAAAGUGAGCCUCCUGAAGCUAAAGUAGGUAGUAUUCAAUGAUCUUUAACUAAAUCGGUGUGCUGUCUGAAGAGAACAAGUAUUUUGCCCUUACAUAUGCACCUUUGUGUCUGUGUAUAUGUACAUACCUCUGCAUAUGUGUGCAUACAUUUAUACAUAUUUACAUGUCCACAUACAUACAAACAUGUGUGUAUGUAUGUUUCUAUGUUAAAAAAAAAAAAGUGUGAGUAUAUAUGGUUUUGUUCGCAGAUGCCUCAGCACUGAAAUUAUUCAGAAUGAAGCACUUAUCUAAAGCAGCAGACUAUUAUACAAGUUAACUCAAUAUACAUAGUAUUACUGUUUUGGUUUUGGGUUUUUUUUUUUUCAUUAUAAACAGCUUAUAAGAGCUGUAGGCACUUCAUUUUGGCUCCGUGCAUUUAUUCUCAGGAAACUUGUCCAUGAUCUGCAGCAUGGGGAGUAACUGGUUGGAAUGUACCUCUUUGGGGAUUUCCUGGACCUCGGCAGUGCAAAUCACUUGUCUGAUACAAUUUAAACUGGUUCUAGCAGUUUUACAUCCUGGGAAAAUGCAUAUGAAGUUCACAUUGCCUUUUGUUGUUCUGUGUAGCAGCAAACACAACCUUCUGGACUUUCUGAACCUUCUGGAGAGGUUCCAGUGCUGAUCACCCAAUUAAUAUUCACAUUUUGACUUAAAUGUUUUAGUCAGUCUGCUCAAACUUUGGAUUGGCAAUGCAAGUAUGUGGUAUUCCGCUGAUGUUUUGCCAUCACUGCUGUUGCUGUCUGUGAGAGUAAGCAGAAGGGAGCUCUUGGACAAAUUCAAACAAAAAGGAAGAGGAUGCAAGUAAGGACAGGUAGACUGGGAGGACUACAGAGAGAUCUUUCGAGCAGUCAGGGAUUAGGUUGGGAAGGCUACAGUCCUGAUGGAAUUAAAUCCAGCCAGGGAUGUCAGGGGCAACAAGAAAAGCCUUAAUAGGUAUGUUGGUAAUAAAAGGAAGAUUAGGAGAAAUGUGGCCUCCCCCUGGAAGUAAACAGAAGGCCUGGUUACCCAAGAUGUGGAGAAGGCUGAGGUACUCAAUGGCUUUCUUGUCUCGGUCUUCUCUGGAAAGUGCUCCAGCCACAAAAACGCUGGAGAGGGUCUUUUUACAAGGGCAUGCAGUGAUAGAAAGGGGGAUGGAUUUAAACUGAGAAUAGGUUUAGAUUGGAGAUUAGGAAGAAAUUCUGCGCUGUGGGGGUAGUGAAGCCCUAGCACAGGGUGCCCAAAGAAGCUGUGGCUGCCCCAUCCCUGGAAGCAUUCAAGGCCAGGCUGGAUGGGGCUUGGAGCAACCUGGGAUAGUGGAAGGUGCCCCUGCCUAUGGCAGGGGGUGAAACUGCAUGGCCUUUAAGGUCCCUUUCAACCCAAACUAGUCUGUGAUUUUAUGGUUCUCUGCUUAAACAGUGCUAGGGGAAAAUCUUACUUUGCAAAUGAGUUUUUCUUUUUUUUCCCUUCGGAGUUUGUCUUGCUCAGGUAGCGUGUUUCAUUUACGAAACAGGAAAAUUAAGUCUGUUAAACUCUUUUUCAGAUUUUUGUUUUUUCAAAUGGCGACAUUAAUUCACACUUUAGCAGAUCAUAGCGACGAUGUCAAUUGCUGUGCCUUCUCAUCAUCGUGCUUGGCUACUUGUUCCUUGGACAAAACAAUUCGCGUUUAUUCUUUGAGCACCUUCGCCGAGCUGCCGUACUCGCCGCUGCAGGGCCACGCGUACGCCGUGCACUGCUGCUGCUUCUCGCCCUCGGGGCUGCUGCUGGCCUCGUGCUCCACGGACGGCACCGCGGCGCUCUGGGACAGCCGCGACGGCCGCCGGCUGGCCGUGCUGCCGCAGCCCGGCGCCAGCCCCGUCCGCGUCUGCCGCUUCUCUCCUCAGGCCGCCUACCUGCUGGCCGGGGCGGCGGAUGGCAGCGUGGUUCUGUGGAACGUGCAGUCCACGAAACUGUACCGAUCUGGGAAAGUUAAAGGUGGUUCUUUGAUGGCUUGUGCAUUUUCUCCCAAUGGAAACUUCUUUGUCACUGGAUCAUCAAGUGGUGAUUUAACCAUUUGGGAUGAUAAAAUGAGAUGCCUGGGUAAUGAAAAAGCACAUGAUCUUGGCGUUACCUGCUGUGAUAUUUCUUCACAUCCAGUAUCUGAUAGUGAAAAUGGAUUCAAAUACUUCCAGAUGGCUUCCUGUGGACAAGAUAAUCAUAUCAAACUCUGGCUUAUUUUGUUUGCAGAUUUCUUAGGUGUCCAGUUAAAAUACAAAUGCACACUGAGUGGGCACUCUGCCCCAGUUCUGGCUUGUGCAUUUUCAUGUGAUGGACAGAUGGUAGUCUCGGGGUCUGUGGACAAGUGCGUCAUAAUCUAUGAGACUAGUACUGGCAAUACCCUUCAUACUUUGUCUCAGCAUACAAGAUAUGUUACAACUUGUGCUUUUGCACCACGUAGUCCCUUACUUGCCACAGGCUCAAUGGAUAAAACUGUGCACAUAUGGCAGCUUGACCUUAAGCAACCCUGUGCAGGAGGUACUUUAGAAAAUGAAUCCAAGGUGGCUGUUGAGGACUGGUCAGAGGAUGAUGUUUCAGCCUGGCUCUGUGCACAGGAUUUAGCAGACUUUGUUGGACUUUUCAAAAUGCAUAAUAUUGAUGGCAAGGAACUACUGAAUCUUACUAAGGAAAGUCUUGCUAAUGAAUUAAAAAUUGAGUCUCUAGGCCUGCGCAGCAAAGUUCUCCAGAAAAUUGAAGAACUGAGGAUGACAAUGACCUCAGUUUCUGUUCCUGAUGAGUUCCUGUGUCCUAUAACAAGAGAGCUUAUGAACGAUCCUGUCAUUGCCACAGAUGGCUAUUCCUAUGAAAGGGAAGCAAUGGAAAACUGGCUCAGCAAUAGACGAUCCAGUCCCAUGACGAAUCUUCCUCUCCACUCUCUUAUGCUCACACCAAACAGAACGCUAAAAAUGGCCAUUAGUCGCUGGCUAGAGACUCAGCAGAAAUAGUUAAACCACUUAAUUUUGAAGUUGGUUGUUAAAAUUAACUUACAUUUUAUGCAGCUGGAGGAAUUAAUUGUAUCAGAAACAAAUGGAAAGAAAAACUUGUGUUUCUCUUCUGUCUGUGGCUGGUUCAACCUUCACUGGUGGAAACUCCCAGAACAACUUUAAGUUCCUGGUAGUUCUACUUUGUGGUAUUUCUGUUUGAGAAUCAAGUACUCAAACUCAGUUUUUCAAAUAAAAUUUUCUUGUCAUUUUUACUACGUUUAUGAGUUUUGAGUCUUCAUCUUGCCAAGUCAGUCUUUCAGAAGGUAAGAAACAGCAAAGUACAGGACCUGUAUUUCUUUUUCUACUCUAACAAACCAAAAUGUGUCUAUCUUUCUCUGUUCCCCAUUACUGGACACAUAGUUGGAAAAGCUGGGAGAGAGUUUCUCCUGUAACCAUCAGGGACUGCAUCUCAUCCCACAGGUAUAUUAAUAAUCUUUAUUUUGUAUGGAAAGAGUACAGUAGCUGUGCAAAAAUAGAACUACAGGACAAGACUAAUAUAGGACUUGUACAAAAUAUCAAAGAAACAGUAAACAAUAAAUAAGCUAAAGUGUAACGAUACAAACUGCAAAAAGAAUGUGUAGAGCUGGGUACAGCUGUUUACAAUGUACACAGAACACUGGAAUCAAGCAUGAUGGGAAGAGUAUAAAGCUGAGCACUUCAACUGAAUUGCACUCAUAGGAAUGUCACUGCAGCAGUUCAGCUUUAGUAUGUUCUUGCCAAUAAAAAUCCUCAUUUCCUUAAAAAA